CGUGCUUCCGGCCCGGUCGCUGCGGCUGAGGCCUAUGCAGCAAUGGCUGCCCGAGGCUCUGCGCUGGUGGCUCUUCCCAAGGCCCACUUGCCGCCGGGACGCGCCGCCGCCUGCUCGGCCGAGGAAGAGACGCAUUCAGUCUAAUCCAGAAGACUUUGAACAUGAGCAAAUAAAAAGGCAAAAACUUGGUAUUUUUGGUAUGUUGGCAAGGGGAAUUGCCAAUUUAAUUACACUCCCGUCCCAGUUGGCAUCCAAAUAUCUUCAGACAGAAGAACAGCAUGCAGAAGCCAAAGAUGAGUUUUUUUCAAAUGUUUCAAAUGGUACUUUUUCUGACAAGCAAAUGGAACCUACGACUGGGAAGCAAAUGUUGGAUAAGAAAACUGGUUGUGGUACCAGUAUGCAUCCAGAUGUAGAAGUAUUAUCUGACUACCACAGAGUUAUGCCCUGUCUAAGGUAUGACUGUAAUGCUGGGAAAAAUAGUAAGAAAAGACAUAGUUCAUUUCAAGAAGAAUUGCUACCAUGGGGACUUGCUACUCACCGGCAUAAGGUAGAAGGUUCUGCUCUAGAUGCUGGACGAUAUCUAAGGAAACCUCAUUAUACUGUGGAAGAGGGAGUUCAGAAUGAAGAGCGAGAGAAAUACAAAAAACUGCUGGAGCAAGAAAAAGAAAAGCGCUCUAAAAAUAAUUCCAGCCUCAGCCUUGCCAAGCACUUACAUUUAACAACAGAAAGAUCUUCAGAACCAGACAAAAUAAUGGUCCGGAAAAAAGAGUGUAUAAUGCACCCCUUGGCAAACGAAUUAUCAGAAGAAGUAUCACUUAAGUUAAACCUGGGACAAGAAGGCUCUUCUGACAGAAGGCGCUGUUUAGUUAAAAUGAAAGAACAGAAAUAUCUAAGCUUUGACAAGACUACAGAGUACUUUCCAGACCUGACAGAGCCUAUGGAGCGAGAGAUAGCAAAUGUUCUAAGUUACGGCAAAGAAGAUCAAGUUUUGACAAGUGCCUUCAAGCUGAAUAUUACUCGAGGAGACAUUCAGACUCUAAGAAACCAACAAUGGCUCAAUGAUGUGGUCAUUAACUUCUAUAUGAACCUUUUGGUGGAAAGAAAUAAGAGGCAAGGAUUUCCACUUCUUUAUGCUUUCAGCACUUUCUUCUACCCUAAGUUAAGUUCUGCAGGCUAUAAUGCGGUACGAAGAUGGACCAAAGAAGUGGAUUUAUUCCAACAUGAUUUGAUCUUGGUGCCAAUUCACAUAAGGGUACAUUGGGCAUUAGUGGUCAUAGACAUGAGGAGGGAGACCAUCAAAUAUUUUGACUCAAUGGGACAAAGUGGCCACAACAUCUGUAUGAAAUUGCUGCAGUAUCUGCAGGAUGAAAGCAAAGUCAAGAGAAACCUGGAGAUUAAUCCUUCAUCAUGGACACUUUAUAGUAUGAAACCAAAUGAAAUUCCGCAGCAACGGAAUGGCAGUGACUGUGGAGUAUUUGUUUGCAAAUAUGCAGAUUUUAUCUCCAGAGAUAAACCCAUUGUAUUUUCACAGUGUCACAUGCCUUAUUACCGCAAAAGGAUGGUGUGGGAGAUACUUCAUCAGCAGCUGCUCUAGCUCCAUGAAUCGGACAGUAUUAUGUACCUGUCAUCUGGUAACAAAACAAGUGACUUGUUAGCUGCCUGAACCCCAUACCUCUCUCUUAUGCAGCACGAUUCAAAGUACCCUCUUGAAUGGACUUCAGUGGAGACCACAAAGCAUGUUUAAGAGCAUGUAUUUGUAUUGGAAUUUUUUUUCAUUCAAAGGGCUAAUCAUGGAUCAAAGCAAAACUCAUUCUACUGGAAGAUGGAAACCUUCUUUCUAAAACUGGAUUUGUCGUGAUUUUGAAAGAUGGAAACUCCCUUUUGAUUUGUAACAAAUCCUUAGUUAAAAGCCCUAGAUAGGGUCAUUCUUUAUUUAAAAGUAUCAUAACUUUGUAUGAAAUUAUUUAUUUGUAUUGUAUUUAAAUGAACACAUGUUGAAAUUCCAAAAUGCUUUUAUGAACUAAAAUUAGAAAUAAAUAUUUAUCUACGAGUAA